AUGCUCUGCUGGUCGGGGUCUUUUUAUCCGCAGCCCAUCACCAACUGGAAACGCAAGUCCACCAUCGGCUUAUCCAUUGAUUUAUCUACUAUAAACCCUCUGGGCUUUGUCUGCUAUGCGAUAUAUACCUCUGUGUUUCUAUACUCGCCCGUCAUUCGAUCACAGUAUGCGGCCCGUCACCCUGCCUCGAUCGAACCCACCGUCCGGUUUAACGAUUUCGCAUUUGCGGCCCACGCGGUGGUAUUGUGCAUUAUACUGUACACACAGUUCUGGCCUUUCAUCUGGGGGUUCCACGUUCCCCGCUUUCAAAAGAUCAGUUGGACAAUGGCAGGGCUCUUUUGGGGGUCUGUCUUGACUCCUCUGGUGGUUACGGCGAUUGUGUUGGCGCAAAGUCCGGACGGAGGAUAUGAUCCUUCCACUUGGGCGUGGAUUGACGUGACCUACUCGUUUUCCUACGUCAAACUCCUGAUCACCAUUGUGAAAUAUAUGCCUCAAGUGGCGCUGAACUACAAACGCCAAUCUACAGUAGGAUGGAGCAUUGGAACCAUUCUUCUUGACUUGGCUGGUGGUGUUCUUUCAAUGCUUCAACUGGUGCUUGACUCCAGCCUUCAAAGUGACUGGAGCGGUAUCACCGGCAACCCGGUCAAGCUACUGCUGGGCAAUGUUACAAUCUUCUUCGAUGCAAUAUUCUGCAUCCAACACUACGUCUUGUACCGAGAUACCCCUGAACCGAAGAGAACACCUGGUCCGGGCGAGCAAUCGCCCCUCUUGGUCGGACAGGAUGAUGCUGUGAGAGAUCGGGUAUGA